GAGAAAAUGGAGAAGCAAAGUAUGAGGGAAGACACAAAGGGAACUAGUGAUUCAGGUAAGGGAACCAUUGAAGGGCUUGCAAUUGAGCAUAGUCCUUACUUGAAUUACAAGGAUUUGGAAGAUUAUAAAAAUCAAGGUUACGGUACUCAUGGUCAUCAACAACCAAAGGAAGGGCGUGGACCUGGUGCAACUGAGGCACCUACUAUUUCUGGUGCAGAUGUUUCUUCUCAGAGACAGAUUAAUGUUGCUGAUGGUGGUCAUAGGAAAUCAGCCCCUUGAGAAAUUGUUUCGAGAUUGUUAUAUUUUCUAAAUUUUGCAUUUAUAUGUAACGUUUUUGUUUUGGGUGUAUAAUAUAUCUUGGAUUUUGUAAUAUUUUUUUCUCAUUAUAUAUCAGGUCGUUUUCU